AUGGGGCGGGAUUACACUCAAUUCCACCCUCCCACUCCCGCCUGCACCACUGCUCCAUCCCUCAUCACCAUGGGGCAGGAUUACACAGCAGUGCUCACCUUGGGCGAUGGAACCACCUUCACGGAACGCAUUCAGUCUCCCUUCCACUCAAUGCAUUCUGUCCACCCUCCCACUCCCCCCUGCACCACUGCUCCAUCCCUCAUCACCAUGGGGCGGGAUUACACAACAGUGCUCACCCUGGGUGAUGGAACCACCUUCACGGAACACAUUCACACCAUGGGGAGGGACUACACAGCAGUGCUCACCCUGGGCAGUGGAACCACCUUCACAGGGCGCAGCCUCGGCGGCAACACUGCCACGGAGACACCUCUGCCCCUCAUGCUCGCUGGGGGUUACACCACUGUGGGCCUCCCAGACGAUGUGAGAUUGAACGGGUUUUAA